AUGCCCAGGUUUCAGGAGGUAGAGUCAGGCCAGGCCCCGCCCCCUGGCACCGCUGGUCUGGUUGCUAAGCGAUACAGCGUCCUGCGGAGUCUGGGCCGGGGGAGUUUUGGUUCAGUUUAUCUGGUUCAGGACACCAAAGCUACAGACGGAGAGGAGCUGAAGGUGUUGAAGCAGAUUCCUCUGGGUGACCUUCGACCUGACGAGACGGUCCGAGCAACGCAGGAAGCCCAGCUGCUGUCUCAGCUGCACCACCCGGCCAUCCUCACCUUCUACCACAGCUUCCUGGAGAGAGACGCUUUCUGCAUUGUCACUGAGUACUGCCAGGAUCGGGAUCUGGACUGUAAGCUGGAGGAGGUGAGAUGCGCCGGGCGGAGCCUCCCAGAAAUCCAGGUCGUCGAUUGGCUCGUCCAGCUGCUGCUCGGCCUUCACUACAUGCAUGACAGGCGAAUCCUCCACCGAGAUCUGAAGGCCAAGAACGUCUUCCUGAAGCGAAACCUCGUUAAAAUCGGUGAUUUUGGAGUUUCCUGCCUGCUGAUGGGAUCAUGUGACCUCGCCACCACCUUCACCGGUACUCCGUUCUACAUGAGCCCAGAGGUGCUGAACCACCAGGGCUACGACUCCAAGUCUGACAUCUGGGCUCUGGGCUGCCUCCUCUAUGAGAUGUGCUCCCUGACUCACGCCUUCCAGGGUCCAAACUUCCUGUCUGUGGUGAUGAAGAUUGUGGAGGGAGAAACCCCGACGCUGCCCAGUGGAUACUCAGAGGAUCUGAACUCUGUCAUGCAGAGGAUGCUGCAGAAACAACCAGCAUCCAGACCUUCUGCUGCAGAACUUCUCAAGACCAAGUUCAUGGAGGGGAACAUGAAGAAAAUGAAGGACCGGUUUGUGUUUGUGUCGUCAGAAGGAGAGGAAGAUGCUGAACUCAUCGCCAAGAACAUGCAGACAAAGGUUCACCUACAGACACUAAUGGAGAGGUCAGAGGUUGACAAGAUGACGCCAAGAGAGAGAAUGAGGCUGCGAAAACUGGAGGCUGCUGACGAGAAGGCAAAGCGACUCAGGAAACUGGCUGAGGAGAAAUACAAGGAGGUUCACACUCGCAGGAGAGAACUGAGGAGCCGCCAUUUUGAAAAAGUCAGCCUGGAUGUUCUGAACGAGAGCAGAGAGGAUGGAGCCUGUCACGGUCAGCCAAUCAGCAUCCAGGACCACCAGUCACCAGGAGGGUCGCAGCCAAUCAUGGAGCAGGAUGACAGCGAGACGUCAGAGUCAGAGCUGCACGACAUCCCAGAGGACCCUCAGGCUGCAGAAGUUUAUUACAACCAGGACGGAUUUGAUUCGUGUUCAGAGGACGAAGAGACAAUAACACCUACAGAGACUCUUUACCUGUCUGACCCUCAGGUCAGCGAGCUGGAGGCCAUGAUGAAGCACAUGCAGGAAGUUCUGGAGGAGGAACUGAGUGGAGACCCAGCAGAGCCUGAGGCCCCUCAGAGCCCUCAGGGGCCCCCAAUGAUCAACAGCAGCCUGCUGGAGACCAGGAUCAAACACCUGAGAGAGUCAAUCCACUGCCGUCUGGGUUCAGACGUCUUCCAGAAGCUGUACGAUAAGCUGAAGGAGGCCAGACAGCGUGACAGCGGCGUCCCCGAGGCUCUGAGUCACCUGGAAGACAAACCUGAUGAUGGUUUCCAGGUGGACCAGCUGCUCUUCUACGAGGAGGAGCUGCAGAGAGUGAGACAGCUGCAGGAGGACAGACCACCUGUCUGACUGUCUCUGAGAAACAACUGAACUGUAGAAAGAAACAUCAGAGCAACAAGAAGCUGAGGAAGA